AUGAAGACUGCACUUGUUCUUGCUCUUUUCUUCAUUCUCUUUGGUUUCAGUGCCGCUACAGAUUUUAACUUAAUCUCACCAUGGGGAAAUUCUGUUUGGACAUCUGGCACUGAUCAAACGGUAAUAUGGGGGGUUUUGACAAAAGGUGCCGAUGCAUCUGCGCCCGAUGUUAAAACAUGUAACCUAGAUCUUAUGCAAGGUGACUUCAACAAUGCCAACUUGGUUGCCCAUAUCGGUAGCAAUCUCGAUGUGAAUAUGGGUAAAUACUUGUGGAAGAAUGUUCCCGAUUACCCAGCUGGCAAUAAUUACUUUGUCCGUGUUGGUAAUCCCGCCUGGUGGAGAUAUGGUCAUGCUUUCACUUUCCAAGGCAAGGGUACCGUAAAAUCAUUGGCACAGCCUGCAUACAACGCAUCUGCCCAUGCUGCCGAUGGACCUUCCAAUAUUGGAAACACCAAUUCAACUGCCAUUGCCGCUGCUGGAGGAAACACCACAUCACUUGUUACCGACAACUCAUCAAAUUCAACAUCAUCAUCAAGCAGCACCAGCAGUGCAUCAAGCAGCUCAUCAAGUUCCUCCUCAACAUCAAAACCAUCUUCAAAUUCCGAUCCAUCAAAAAAUGCUGCCGCCACCACCAACGCUGCUUUGUCUGCUAUCGCAUUGACCUUCGUCGCUGCUUUGUUCAACCUUUAA